CUUUUAGCCAACAACACAAAGCAACCAAAGCAAGUGAAAAAAAUUGAAAUCAUCAAUCAUGUCUUCUUCUUGUCUUGUUUUGUUUCUUCAUUUUCUCUUGCUUUUAAAAUUCAGUUCCUUAUCUGAUGCUUCUUCUGUCUAUGACUCAUUCAUCAAUUGCCUCUCCACCAAAUCAAUUCCCCAAUCAGAAAUCUCCAAAAUCGUCUACUCCCCAAAUAACCUCUCCUUUAAUUCCAUUUUACAAGCCUAUAUUAGAAAUCGUCGAUUUUUUAACUCCUCCAAAACUUCCAAACCGGCCAUCAUUGUCACCCCUACGGAAGAAUCCCAUGUCGCUGGCAUUGUCCUUUGUACCAAAGAGAUCAAUUUACAGCUUAAAAUUCGCAGCGGAGGCCAUGAUUAUGAGGGCAUUUCAUAUAUGUCGAAUGUACCUUUUAUUAUUCUUGAUAUGUUUAAUCUCCGAGCAAUUUCCAUAGAUGUCAAUGAUGA